UCAACCUACAAAAGGUUAAGAGUAUAAAAUACUUUGUCAUAUCCAACAAUACUCAGUCAGUCAUCAAAGUUCAAAUCUCACCCCAAAUUUCUUCCAUUUUCUUUUCUUUUUUCUCUCCAUCAAUGGAACUCCAUACCCAAACCCUCCUCCCUUCUCCCACUUCCAGCAACACCACCAACAACACCAUCAACACCACCAGUUUUUCAGCAACACUCAAACAACAACAACAAAUACCCAUAACAAGAUCCGAAUCCAACCCAUACCCAACAACCUUCGUUCAAGCAGACACAUCUUCCUUCAAACAAGUAGUCCAAAUGUUAACCGGAUCCUCCGAACCCAUACCCAAACCCGCACCCAAACAAACUAAUCCUAUUCCUCCUAUCAAAUCCCCCAUUAAAUCAAAACCUUCAAAACUCUAUGAACGUCGUAGUACAAAUCUUAAAAACCUUCAUUUAUCUUCUACGCUUAAUAAUUCUUCCAUUGUUUCACCCAGAAAUUAUGAACUUCUUUCCCCUUCUUCUUUCCUUGAUUUCCCUUCUCUUGUUCUUUCGCCGGUUACUCCACUUACACAUGACCCGUUUAACAGAUCGCCCGUUUCUUCCAUUUCUAGCCCGUAUCCGGACCCGGUUGUUGAUAAACUCGCUGAAGAUAAAGCUAUAGCUGAAAAGGGUUUCUUUCUUCACCCUUCCCCUGUUUCUACACCUCGUGAUUCGGAGCCACGUUUAUUACCUCUUUUCCCCGUUACUUCUCCUCGGGUCAUCCCAGGUUAUAAUUCAAGUUCUUAAAUUUUAAUUUUACUUUUUUUUUUGUAAUUUUUAAAGAGUGUUAUUACUUAAUUAUGUAGUAGUAUAUGUACAGUGGCGGACCCAGGAAUUUCAAAUUGGGGGGUCAAAAUUUCGGAUAUCGGUUGUGGCGACGGAAAGGCGAGGGCAAAAACUCGUCGCCAAAUGGAAAAGCAAAUUAGCGACCAAUUAGCGACGGGCAUAUAGUCGCAAAGUGGUCGCUACAAGCUUUUAUUUUUUUAAAUUUUUUUAAAUGUUUAGCGACCACUUAGCGACGGGAAUAUGGUCGCAAAGUGGUCGCUAAAUGGAUUUUUUUUUUUAAGAAGCUCAUUUAUUUUUUUCAGAUUGGGGGGUCCACUGCCCCCCCUUGCCCCUAGCUGGGUCCGCCACUGUAUAUGUAAUUAGAGUUAUUUAAUUGGAGUAAUAAUUCUCCUGUUAUAAUUUCACAAAAUAUUAAAAUCUAUAUUAUGUAAUCAUCUAAUUUAACAAGUGAAGAAAUAAAGAAAAAAAGGAUGUUCACAUUUUAA